AUGGCGAGCGUGCGCUGCAGGCUGGCCGGCCUCCUGGAGGAGCUGGACCAUGCCGACUUCAAGAAGUUCAAGAUGCACCUGGAGGACGAGCCCGCAGAACGGGGCCACCGUGGCCUCCCCCGGGGCCGGGCCCAGACUGCUGACGCCGCCGACCUGGCCACCCUGAUGGUCGACUUCCACGGGGAGCGCAGGGCCUGGAGCACGGCCCUGCGGGUCUUUGCUGCCAUCAACAGGAGGGACCUGCGGGACAGGGCCGCGAGGGACGAGCCUGUGUGGGGGGCGGCCCAGGACCUGGCCCCCAUGACGUGCCAGGAGGACUGCCUGGAGGACGAGUGGGUGGGCGUGCUAGGCUUCCUCUCCAGGAUUUCCACUUGCAGAAAAAAAGAUUUCCGCCAGACCUACGCCCGGCACGUGCGCAGCCGGUUCCGCUGCUUCAAGGACCGCAAUGCGCGCCUCGGGGAGACCGUGGACCUGGGCCAGCGCUACACCCGGCUGUGUCUGGCCCAGGGCCACCGCAGCCAGCGGGAGCGCGAGCAUGAGCUGCUGGCCAUGGGCCGGGCCUGGGCCCAGGUGCCUGACGGGCCCAUGAGCAUCACUCAGCUGGAGCUGCUAUUCGAGCCGGACGCGUGGUGCCCCGAGCCGGUGCUGACCGUGGUGUUCCAGGGUGCGGCCGGCAUCGGGAAGACCAUGCUGGCCAGGAAGGUCAUGCUGGACUGGGCAGUUGGCAGGCUUUACCAGGGCCGGUUCGACUACCUGUUCUAUAUCCACUGCCGGGAGGUGAGCCUGGGGGCCCAGCGCAGUCUGGGGGACCUGGUCCGCGGCUGCUGCCCUGGCCUCUGCCCCCCACUGGACCAGAUCCUGAGCAGGCCUGCCCGUGUCCUCUUCCUGCUGGACGGCUUCGACGAGCUUCAGGGUGCCUUCGAUGAGCGCAGCGAGGUGCUCUGCACCGACUGGCGGUGCCCAGUCCGUGGGGAUGUCCUCCUGAGCAGCCUUAUCCGCAAGCGGCUGCUGCCCGAGGCCCGCCUUCUGGUCACCACCCGGCCUGUGGCCCUGGAGAAGCUGCAGCACCUGCUGGACCGGCCCCGGCACGUGGAGAUCCUGGGCUUCUCCGAGGCCGGGCGGGAAGAAUACUUCUUCAAGUUCUUCCCGGACGCGCAGCGGGCGCAGGCGGCCCUGAGGCUGACACGGGACAACGAGGUGCUGUUCGCCAUGUGCUUCAUCCCGCUGGUCUGCUGGAUCGUGUGCACCGGGCUGCAGCAGCAGAUGGACAGUGGCACGGGCCUGGCGCAGGCGUCCAAGACCACCACCGCUGUGUACACCUUCUUCCUGUCCAGCCUGCUGCAGCCGCAAGUGGCCGGCCGCGAGCCCCGGGUGGCCGCCACCCUGCGGGGCCUCUGCUCGCUGGCCGCGGAUGGCAUCUGGAACCAGAAGAUCCUGUUCGAGGACGGCGACCUCCGGGAGCACGGCCUGCAGCGGGCUGAUGUGUCCGCCUUCCUGCGGAUGAACCUGUUCCAGAGGGAGGUGGACUGCGAGAAGCUCUACAGCUUCGUGCACAUGACGUUCCAGGAGUUCUUCGCCGCCAUGUACUACCUGCUGGAGGACGAGGGGGGCGCCCCGGGCUCCCGCUGCGCCCGGCUGCCAGCCCGUGACGUGACCACUCUCCUCGAGAGCUACGGCAAGUUCGAGAAGGGGUACCUGAUCUUUGUGGUCCGCUUCCUCUUCGGCCUGGUGAACCGGGAGCGGGCUUCCUACCUGGAGAAGAAGCUCAGCUGCAGGAUCUCCCAGCAGGUCAGGCAGGAGCUGCUGGCCUGGCUGCAGGCCAAGGCGCCGGCCAAGCGGCUGCAGGUGCCACCCAGCCAGCUGGAGCUGCUGUACUGCCUGUACGAGGUGCAGGAGGGGGCCUUUGUGCAGCGGGCCAUGGGCCACUUCCCCCGGCUGGAGCUCCACCUGUCUACCCGCAUGGACCACGUGGUGUCCUCCUUCUGCAUCCAGCACAGCUGUAGCCUGACUUCGCUGUCCCUGCGGGUGCUGCACGCCCAGCCCCAGGAGAAGGCAGCCGCGGCCGGGACCCCUGGCCCGGAGCCCUACGUCCCUCGGGGCCCGUGGGCAGCCUCUCCCCACCGCACGCUGGAUGGCCACCUCACGCCCAGUGUGUGCCAGGGCCUCUUCUCCGUGCUGAGCGCCAACCCGAACCUUGCUGAGCUGGACCUGAGUGACAACGCGCUGGGAGACCCUGGGGUGCAGGUGCUGUGUGAGGCGCUGCAGGACCCCGCCUGCGCCCUGCAGAGGCUGUGGCUGGGGCGCUGCGACCUCUCCCACCUCUGCGGCCCCAGCCUCGCGGCCGUGCUUGGCGGCCCCUGCCCGCUGGUGGAGCUGGACCUGAGCCACAAUGUGCUGGGGGAUGCGGGGGUGCGGCGGCUGUGUGAGGGGCUGCGGCAGCCGUCCUGCGGCCUGAGGAAGCUCUGGCUGGUCAGCUGCGGGCUCUCCGCGGCGAGCUGUGAGGACCUGGCGGCUGUGCUGAGCACCAGCGAGCACCUGACCGGGCUCUACCUGGGGGACAACGCUCUGGGCGACGCAGGUGUUGGAAUUUUAUGUGAGAAAGCGAAAGGCCCACAAUAUCGGCUGCAGAAGCUGGGGCUGGUGAACGCUGGGGCCUCGGAGGCCUGUGCGCCCGCCCUGGCCGCGCUGCUGGGCGCCAGCCCGCACCUCACGCACCUGCACCUGCGGGGCAACGCGCUGGGGGAUGCGGGGCUGCAGCGGCUCUGCGAGGGGCUCCUGCGGCCGGACUGCGGGCUCCAGACGCUGGAGCUGGACGGCUGCGGCCUGACCGCGCGCUGCUGCUGGGACCUGUCCGCGCUGCUGACCGGCGCGCCCGGCCUGCGCCGCCUCGGGCUGGGCGCCAACGACCUGGGCGGCGCGGGCGUGGCGCUGCUGUGCGAGGCUCUGCUGCGGCCGGGCUGCGGCCUGCGGAGGCUGGAGCUGUGCGACAUGUCCCUCGACCGGGACGCAAGGAGCCGCUUGGAGACCCUUCAGGAGGAGAAGCCCCAGCUGACCGUGGUCUUCGACCCCUCGCUGUACUGAGGACGGGGCCAGCGC